AUGUCGACCUUUGGAGGACGGAUCCCGCAACUUCCAGGCUUGAUGAUAGACCGUUUCGAAGAUGACCCUGAUAUAAGAGCGUACUUCCUCUCCCAUGACCAUUCAGACCAUCAGUAUGGAAUAGAUGAUCCAGAUUUGCAGUCUUACAUCAUUAAAGACUCAUUGAAAAUUUAUGCAUCGCCCUUGACAGUUCGCAUGCUUCGCAAUCGCAGAAAAUUCGAGGAGCUGCACGAUGCAUUCCAUCCUCUACCGUUGGACGUUCCGCAUAAGAUUGUGAUAGGCUCCAGUGAGUCGGCCUAUCCGGUGACUGUGACACUGACUUCCGCCGAGCACAUCGUAGGCUCGGUGAUGUUCGUUUUCGAGAGAGAGACACCGAAGUUCCGUUGUCUCUACACCGGAGACUUCCGCUUAUCGAAGCAAGAUCUCAAGUUGAAGAGAUGUUUCAAACUACAUCGGGGCCUAAAACCAUUCGACGCUAUCUAUUUUGACUCUACUUGGUGCACACCGAAAAAUUUGUGGAACAUUCCGACCCGAGAAGAAGUUUUACGCUACGUCGAACCGUUGGUCAACACACAUCUUCAGGAGGAUGAAUCGAAUUAUAUUUGUGUUUACACGAUGUAUGACGUCGGAUACGAGAACUUAUUGCUAGAUUUGGCCAGAAUUGCGGACUCCGCUGUCCAUGUGACCGAAGAACGGGCUUCGCUCUACAAAGGAUUCCCUGGCAUGACGGAUAUCCUCACUACAGAACCACGAAAUUGUCGCAUACAUUUUUGCCAGAAAGGUUAUCCCAGCUGGAAGAAGAGCUGCUCACAAGUCCGGCGUGAUUAUAACUCGGGUCGUGUUAUGAGACUCGUUUUUUCGUAUAAAAAGUUCAUCGAAGAGCACAAAGAGAACCCGGAACAGAAUCCCUAUGUGCAGAACAAGAAAGACAAAUAUCUGUAUCACGUUUGCUGGUCCACGCAUCCAAGUCUUGCGGAGGUCUCAGAUCUGGUCAACUAUCUGAGUCCUGACUCGCUACAUGCGAAUGUGAUAAAGGGCUGUUCCGAGAAAGAUAUCCUGACAACCUUGCAACGAGGUUCUAUAAAUUCGAAGAAAUGGCAUGUGAGAGACGCUUCGGAGGGCUUAGCAUGUGGUGAAAAGCAUAAGCCUAAAGAUGGGUCUAAUGGCAACUCCAGUCAGUCGACCGAUGACUCUGCCAGUGAGAGUUUGAUAGAUAAGCUGAGGAGGAAGGGUUGUAUCGAAAAAAGAAGCGCAUCCCCAUCUCCGUCUUUGGAUAAAUUAGAAGCUACGAAAUUGAGGAGACUUGAGUGA